CUACCUGUCAGAUAUAUAACGUCAUAGGUAAGGGUAUUUGGAAAUACUUGAUGACCUGCGUGACAUAAGUAGUGUCGUCGAAUGUUUGGAACAGUAUUACAGGAAAAACAGACGUUUUUUGUUGUUUUAUUUAAGAUCUACACAGAAAAAUGAAGAGGAUCAACGUUGCUAGUUUGAUCCUAUUUAUCUUGGUAUUGUUUCUAAGUUCAGUGACAGAAGCUGUCCGAAUACGUACCCGUUACUACACAACAUACUACUACCGUUACUAUUACUAUGGAUAUACCACAAGUACCGUUUCCGCCGGAGUGAUAGCAGGCAUUGUGAUUGGUUGCUUGGUGGGCGUUGCCGUAUUGGUGGGCGCCAUAAUUCUUUGCUGUGUUUGUUGCUGUGGUCGAGGAAGGGGCAGGCCACAAGGGGGACAGGUCAUACAAACGCAGAGCGGCACCACAGUAUCCACCGUCGCUAGUAACGUGGCCUACUAUCCAACUGCACCAGGAAGUGUGUUACAUCCGCCACCGGUCAAUCAUGAGUACUCUGCCCCUCCACCCUCUUAUAAUCAGGUGACUUCUGAUCAUGAGGGCAGCGUGAACUUGGGGUUCGAGGACAACAAACAAACAGUGUACCACCCGCCAAGUUAGAUAGAAUAUGCUGACAUAUACUAGUAUAGUGUAUGGUAGAUGGUACACAUGUACACAAAUUAAUGAAAUUGAUAAACUGGGUGAUAGGAGCCUUAUUUUGUGUAAAUUCGAGAAAUCGACAACGGAAAGAGAACAUCUGGAAAUAUGUAUUAGCAAAAUACGUAGUCAUAAUCGCUGCUGAGCCAGAUAUUAACUUAAAAAAAAAAAAAAAAAAAUAUAUAUAUAUAUAUAUAUAUCAACUUUAUUUUUUCUAUUUUUUACUAUUGGCUUUAAUAUGAUAAUUAAAAAUGAGUAUGUCUAUUGGAGAAUGCUUCCAAUAUCUCUGUACAUGACCGACAACUUGAAUGUUUGGGUGUUUACAUGUUGUAACAUGUGUAUAUAAUCUGAUUUGAAUAUAUAUUACUUUAGUCCAUUACAUAAAACAUGAUAUUAUUCGAUUUACCUUUACGAAUCAUUGCUCAGUUUUUUGGUUUUAUUAAUCCUGGUAGUCUCAAGAACAAAAACUUAUUUUCUAAUUGGUGAUAAACCAAUACCUUCUUUGCUUUAAACAUUCAGUUCAAAACGUGUCUAUUUAUAGCUUUCAAAUGGAAUAAAAAGGAAUGAUAGUUUUUUCCUGAGCAUAGUAAAAAAUGUAUUGUGAAAAUAUUGAGAUCGACAUAGUAAAAGCCGAAAAUAAGCCUAGAUAUUUCCUUUAAAACACUAUCACUACAACCAUUGUAUUUACUGUCAAUACAAUGUAAUUAUCACAUACCAACAUAUGGCGGGAGAAGUGCUUUACAGCAAAAAAGCGUUUUUGAAUUUGCAAAUUUAAAAUAUUGCAUGCCAAAAAGAUCGAUUUUUGUUUACCAAUAUAUUGGUUGAACAAUUCGUAUGCAAAUUUCAAAUUGUGACGUACAACCAACGACCCACGCUAUACCGGGCCUUUGUUUUUGUUUUUAUGAUUAGCACAUGAAGGAUGUUUCAUGUAUGGCUAGUGUGAAUAAUUACUGGUAUGUAUGCAAUAUAUUGUUGAUAAGUAAACAGUCGUGAUUUCUUUAAAAAAAACCGGACCAAUCGUUGUGCUGUAUUGGAACGAACUACUACCAGUUUAACAAAAAUGAACCAGUUUUUGCAGAGAGGUUCCAGUUUAAUUUGUACUUUCCAAUGAUCUUUUCUUUGCCCAUUUUUAAGCGCCAAAUGACAGAAACUUGUAUUUUUAUUAUCUGGUUGGUUCAUCCACAAACACGUCCGCUACCAACCCAUAUAUUGAAUUCCAAUAAUAUUUACCUCUUCACUUAUCUUGCAUAUAUGAUAGAGAUGUAUAUAUGUCACAAUCGAAAGCUACUUAUGUAUCUAUAAUUGUUGUAUGCCAAUAGCAGAGAGGAUUUAGAUAGGCCUGCCUGCGAUGUCUUCCUUGUUUGCAGGUAACCUAUGUGUUGGGACAUAGAAAGCAAGCCUAGAUGAGACCUUGAUUUUGAUAUAUUUAAUAUAUUAUGUUCAUAUCUUUUAAUCUCAUUCUUAAUUGUCAAACUUAUGAUUGCACAUGUAAAUUUCCAAUUUAUAAUAGUUGGGGAUAAUUUAGAAUUUAUUUCAUUUUUGAAUCUGAAUACUGACUAUUCGCAUGUUAUUCAGAACUUACCAAUUAAAUUGUGUGCUUACUUUAAAUAAUGGUUUUGGUUAUAUCAACUAUAUGCGUGUAUAAUAGUGCAGAUAUUUCUUGCCUGACUGUUAGACACUUGGUGUGUACUGUAUAUGAACUGUAAGCGCGUUAGAGUUAGUUCAUUCAAUAUACAGGGUCCUACGUACAUUUGUAUAUAGAUGUCUCAUUAUUGCAUGUCACAACAAAUGACUAAAUAAUGAUGAAUUAUUUUUACGAACAGAAAGUUUACAAGUUUUAUUGAUUUGGAGCAUUCUUUUAAUAAGACGUUUUUGUUUUGGAAUUUGAUAUUAUAACAUAUAAAACGUCAAUUUAAGUUGAUUAUGUUUUAAAGUGAUAUAAUUUUAGGCAUCUUCCAAGAUUUACAUUCUCGAAAAAAACACAUAUUUUCCCUGCACCGCUGGAGUAUGUCAUGAUAAAAUCGAAUUCCCUGUACGUGCCACCUUGCAGUAAACCAAUAUAAUCCUUUGAUAUACAUCGCGCGGCAGCAAAACGGUAAAAUUGACCAAAUGGCUCCAAUUGCAGGAUUAAGCAAUCUAAGCCAACCUCCAACUCUUGGUUGAAAAACAUUGGGAGCGAUUUCCCAGAAGGAGACAGAAAGGCCAAUAGUGGUUUUUUUUGUUUUGUAUUUUAAUUUAUUUGAAUAAAAGCUUACCUCAUGCCUUCAAUUUUAUCAUGACAUAUUCCAUGGGUGGAGACAAUAUAUGUGCAUCAAGAGAGGAAAGCUUAUACAUGUAUAUCGAUAAUGAAAUAAGACAAUAUUGUCCUCUUCACAAGAGUCUUAUCAUAUCUGAAACAAGUUGGAGGUCUGAAAACUCCAAGGAAUCAGUGAAAACUCCGGGCAUGUGUAAGUGCAGUGUAUUCUCAAGUGUCAUACAAACAAAGUCAUAGAUCAAAACUCACUUACUACUGUUUUUUGUAUUAAAUUGUUUUGUAAAAACGAGAAAGAGAAGACCCUCGGUCAUAAUAAAAAAGAAAGUCAUUAAGUGACAGAAUAGUGGAAUAAAAUGAAUAUUUUGUA